AUGGCUCACGCAGGCUCUCGAAAGCGCUCGAGGAGUCGCAGCCGGUCCCGGGGGCGAGGGGCGGAAAAGAAGAGGAAGAAGAGCAGUAAGGACGCCCCGAGGAGCUGCUCAGCCUCUAGAUCCCAAGCCUCACGUUCUCCCUGCAUCACAGAGAGAAGCAAGCACAAGGCCCGGAGGAGACCACGGUCCAGCUCUUCCUCCUCUUCUUCCAGCUCCUCUUCCUCCUCCUCCUCCUCGUCUUCCUCGUCUUCCUCCAGCGAUGGCCGGAAGAAGCGGCGGAAGCACAAGGAAAAGAAGAGAAAGAAGAAGAAAAGAAAGAAGUUGAAGAAGAAAGCGAAGGUGCUGCAGGCUGAGGCCCUGCCUGGACCCUCGUUGGACCAGUGGCACCGAGCAGCCUCAGAAGAAGAGGACGGCCCAGUCCUGACCGAUGAGCAGAAGUCUCGCAUCCAGGCCAUGAAACCAAUGACCAAGGAGGAAUGGGACGCCCGGCAGAGUGUUAUCCGCAAGGUGGUGGACCCCGAGACAGGACGCACCAGGCUCAUUAAAGGAGACGGUGAGGUCUUGGAGGAAAUUGUAACCAAAGAGCGACACAAAGAGAUUAACAAGCAAGCCACAAGAGGGGAUGGCCUGGCCUUCCAGAUGAGAGCUGGGCUGCUGCCCUGA